AUGCUAGCCCGCCGCCGCCGCCGUCGCGAAGAAGCACGCAAUACCAAAGCAAUUGAUCAAAAAGCGCGUGAGAUUGUGGAGGAGGAAUUGAAUGUCUGGCGUCGUCGUUUGACCAUGGCCAAAGCCGAUGGGAUUCGCAAACGAGACAACUACGCAGAACAAGAAGAAGAAUUACGCCAAGAGUACAAAUUUGCCUGUCAUCAAUUGGAGCAACGACGAGCGACUCUACUGGCGACUACCUCUCUGAUUCCCUAUACUCAAACCAUUCAAGCCGCCUCUAAUUUCCGCGUUCCAGCAGCGCUAUUGACGUUACAAGCCAGACUGUGUUUGCACGUGCACUGUUUGUGCAUUCACGAAGAAUUGCUGUUGAAAACAAAAGAGUCGGGAUGGGACACUAUAGCGUGGAUGGAAGAUGUCACCAAGCAAUUGAGAGUCUUGACACAAAAACAAAUUUUAUUGUUGCAAACCAAAAUGCACAAUCAAGUCGACAAAUUGAAACAAAUGGAACCUGAGAUUCAAAUUGCACCGGCCAUUCAACACACACUCAAUCAACUGCAUGAUACUUCUACAACAGCUGAACAACAAGAAGACCCAGAAAUCACUCCCAGUUCCAAUGAGAUGUUGCAGCAAUCGAAUGCUUAUCCUCAACCCAAUUCUGCUAGUGCCAAUGCAAACAACAACAACAACAACAACACUAGUGAAUCCUUUCUGGAAUUCUUGCAGAGAUACGAACAACGCAAGGCACAUCAACUCAAAGCCGAUCAAAUGAGAUUGGCGGAAUUCAGAUCCAGAGGAAACUAUCAUCAUCAUCACCACAACAACAACAACAAUGAAAAUCCAUACACAAACAGAAGAGCUGGCGUUGGCAGGAAGCUCAAGAGUUACGCCUCUCAUUUAUUUCGAGGAAAUAGCAAUAGCAACCACAAUGGUGGAAUGGACGAAAGUCUCGAACUACAAGAUCUUCACAGUGCUCAUACGACUUCCACCAAUACUAAUACCACCACAGCAACUACGACAAACAGACACGUCAUGCAAGACAGCAGUCAUUUUGACAGUGCCAGUUCUCUACACACGUCAGAUAACAAUCGACCUUCUUGGAUCCAAUCCGUCAAACAACGCAGUACGUCUCUACUCCUAUCAUCAUCAUCACAGUCCGAAUCCAAUCUAGACACGGGUGGUGGAUGGUCUUUGGGAUCCAGUCUCCGAGGACUUCGACGACGGGGGACCAACGACAAUAUAGUAUCCCACAAACGAAUGCAAGAAAUUAUGGAUGCACCCAAGGAAGAAGAUCACGAUGACGAUGACGAUGAUGAUGAUGUCAAGAGUUUGCAUGACGAUGACGAUGGAGAAGAAGAAGCUCCGCAAAAUGGUACGACAAAAGAGACAGAACCGCACGACGCAACGACUACGAUGGAUGCCAGCAAUAAUGGAGACGAUAACAACAACAACAACAAGACGGCUGCCAACCAAGCGGGGAAUGCCAAACAGAAACCUACUUCGCCAUCGUCGCAACUCAAGGAAAAACUAAAGGCGCCAGAUGUCAAUGUCAUGAUGCAACACAAAUUCUACGAGUCCGCGAGGUGGUAG